CAUAGGAUGAGUGAAAAAAAGUUUUAAGAGUUAAGUGACAAAAGGCAAAGUCUUGAGAAUGAACUAAAAGUCUUGGAGAAACAAAUUUUCGAUUUGGAGACAAAAUAUUUAGAAGAAACAGCUGCCACAGGAAAUAUUAUAAAAGGAUGGGAAGGAUAUACAACAAUAAAAAGUGGAAAACUAAAUGGGAAUGUUUCAAGGAAGACUAAGGCAAAUGCUAAUGAUCGUAUUUUUUCAUAAAGCAGCAAAACAUCUCCAUUUGUAAGAUUUAUAUUAAUCUGAGUAUUAAAUUAUAGAGACUGUUGUUGAAGAGCCCAAAAGUCCUAAGAGUCCAUAAUUUAGGCCAAGAAGAAUAAAGAAAAAGAAGCACUAUGGAUACAAAAAAGAGUAUUUAUGGGAGUUAUGUUAGUGAUGUUGUGGAAAAUUCAUAGGGUAGUUCUUCAGAAGAUUUUUAGUAGGAUUAGGUCAAAAAAGUUAAAGGGUCCAAGAAAAUGUGA